GUUCUUCCUGGUCAAGAACGGGGAAUUUAUUACGAAGAUUCUGGAUUUCCGAUUCUGAGUUGUUAGGGUUAUUUGGACUACCUAUUUAAGAAUGGGCAAUCAAUUAUCAAGACAACAGCAUGGAAAUUACGAAAUACGCCAUGAAGAUGAAGAAGACAUCAAUACUGUGACUUCUGUACGGAGCAGCAGCUUGGAGUCAGGAUACCAUGAUUCGUUGACAUCGACACUGACAUCUGUACAGUCCCGCUUAAGUCCCGCUUUCGGACAAAUGGAAAACCGUGAUGGAGAGGCCGAUAUCAAGUACAUGGUUGAAGCAUUCCAACCAAUAUUGGAACGGACACUUAUAAUAGGCGAACUUUUGCCAUAUUUGUCGUUCUUGCAUGCGAGCGAUAGCCUGAACUGUUUAACACAGAAAGAGUCUGUACAGAAGUUGAUUAAACUCAUAGAACACAGCAAUGAAAAGGGGAAGUGGACAGCAUUUCUGAACGCUCUCCAUUGUGCAGAUUACCAGCCAAUGGUGAACAUUUUACAAAGCUUUACUGAAAAAGAUCUUUUGGAAGAUAGAGCUAUAUUAAGGAUUCUUAAACCAGCUUUCAUUAAAGAGAUACACCCAGUUGAGUGUGUCGAUUGCUUAGUAGAAAGGAAUGUUUUAAAUGAGUCCGACAUGGAAGCUGUUCAGGCGGAGAAGGACCGUCGAGGCGAUAUAGCAGCGACUUGCGUUUUACUAGAUCGUCUUCCGAAUAGAAACUCCGAUUGGUUAUUACAUUUUAUCAACUGCCUAAGCCACCUCGGUAGAGAUGAUCUUGCAGCCAUUCUUGUUGUUCCUGAAGUGACAGUAAUACAAUCAGAAAAGAAUCAACACAAAGCGGACACUACCAUCAGAAAGGAAGUGUUUUAUAAAGAAGAACCGUAUUCAACAAACAGAGUUAGUCAGCAGCCUUCCGUGGAGAUAGAAAACACUGAGAGGAAAGAAAUAACAAUCCGAGCAGGUGAUGAAACCCACGCAAGUCCUGUUUUCCAAGGCAGCAGAAAUGCCACGUUAAGGAAACGGCUACAAGAGGAGCGGAAUGAUUCUGUAUAUGAUUCCAUUGACAAUUAUCAUAGAAGUCCUUCUGCCUCACGCAAAACAGAAGAGCAGGAUUUAGACUACUGGUAUUGGAACAAACACAGGAACACAAACGUGCUGGAAAGGGAGACGAUCAAAAUCAACAGUCACAACUACACUGCCACUUCAAAUGAUAUACCAGAUGUUUUACCUUCCGUUUCGAAAGUUACUACGGACAGGAACGACAACGAUCAAAGGCAAAGUUCAAAUGAGCACAUACAAUAUUCCGGAGGAAAGGCCACCUACAAAUACAACGGAAGACUUUACUAUGAACGUUCUGAGGUGAGAGAUGCCAAUGUUGUCCCAACAGAAAGAAAAUGUAAUGAAGCUUUAAUGGAACAGACAGAAGAUGAAGACGAUGGUGGGUAUUCAACAACGGAUAAAUUACUCGCUGGAACAACGAAUGAUGAUCAUUUGACAUUAAAAGAGUCAAUAAUUCGAGAACUUGAGCAAUAUAUCGAACAGAUAGUUAAGGAACGUGUUCGCGAAGAAUUAGAAAAACAGUCAUUUGGCGUACCAAGUGAAGUAUGCGUUGGUGGUCGUAUCUACUCAUUACAGGACAGUGCUGACAACUGGACACUACAAAAUACCGUUUACAACGCAUCAAGACACACUUAUGUGUCAUUUUCUGAUAUAUCUCAAAACGCGGAAGUGCUCUAUUAAUGAUUAAUAGAUACACAGCUCAAAACACUUAACGAUGGUAAUCUGACAGAAAACAGAGAGAUCAAACACGUACAAAAACAAAAAUGUUGAAAGGUUUCGAAUUAAGGUGUAUACGUUGGCGCCUUUCUAUAAUUGAUAUAGGGACAGUUUUGAUUCAUUGAGUAAAACGUCCAUUUGGACUGAUACAAACUAACACGGAACCUUAUAUAUGAGCCUUGCAUUCGCUUGUUUUUGAUAUAUGUUUGAAGACUGUAACCCCAACGUUUAUUGAUAAGCGUUACGAGUACUAGGUGUGUUAUGUAUAUUUUUGAAAACAGUAUUGUCUAGAGUGUCAAAAUGUUCAGUGUCUGCACGACUUUUGGCGAUUCUUGACCAUGAAGUGAGCGCGUACUAGGGGUUUGGCCUUGUUUGGUAUUCCAUUUAUAUAAAAUGUUACAAUGAUUACUCAGAGCUUCUAACGAAUAUUGGGCUCCGCCUACUAUCUAAUGCUAUUCUUAUUACUGCUGCAGGCUUUUGUACAUAGCAGAGUUUACUAGCAUGAGAUGUAUAUCGUUAUUAAAGUAUAAAACAUUGAAUAGUGUUUAUAUACACUGACCAUGCAUUUUCAUAACAGGUCUCAUGAAAUGAGCGCGUACUAGGGAUUUGGUCUCAUGAAAUGAGCGCGUACUAGGAGCUUGGUCUCAUGAAAUGAGCACGUACAAGGGGCUUGGUCUCAUGAAAUGAGCGCGUACUGGGGGUUUGGUCUCAUGGAAUGAGCGCGUACUAGGGGUUUGGUCUCAUAAAAUGAGCGCGUACUAGGGGUUUGGUCUCAUGAAAUGAGCGCGUACUAGGAGCUUGGUCUCAUGAAAUGAGCGCGUACUAGGAGCUUGGUCUCAUGAAAUGAGCACGUACUAGGGGCUUGGUCUCAUGAAAUGAGCGCGUACUGGGGGUUUGGUCUCAUGGAAUGAGCGCGUACUAGGGGUUUGGUCUCAUAAAAUGAGCGCGUACUGGGGGUUUGGUCCCAUGAAAUGAGCGCAUACUAGGUUUUGGUCUGCAGUGGUUGUCCCUGCAGUUCCCAAUGUAUGAGUUAUUUCAAUUUUGUUUUAUUUAAAGUUGGUUGUGUAUUGCUUAUUUACAAGAACAAGUGUACGCCUUUCCAUAGUGACUCAAUUUGAAACAUGAAUAAGAAUAAGGAUGAAUGAAAAUUGCAAUGCAUGUUAUUAACUGUAUAUCUUUUGCUGCAUCUGAUUUUAUAUAAUUGAGUAAAAUAUUAUUUAAAAUUAUGUAUUUUA